CAAGAGAAACAGUGCGUGUGAAGUCCUCGAGCACAGCAACGAGCUGUGCAGACAAGUCAAGGGUCCAAACUUUCAUUCCUAGUUUUAUUUAAGCGCACUGGAAACAUGUCCAAACCUCUGACCGACCACGAAAAGCGCAAACAGAUCAGUGUGCGUGGUAUAGCUGGCCUCGGGGAUGUUGUCGAAAUCAAAAAGAGCUUCAACAGGCAUCUUCACUUCACCCUUGUGAAGGAUCGCAAUGUGGCCACCCCGCGGGAUUAUUACUUCGCUCUUGCGCACACGGUCCGGGAUCACCUGGUGGGCCGCUGGAUCCGCACUCAGCAGUAUUACUAUGAGAAAGACCCGAAGCGCAUCCAUUAUCUGUCUCUGGAGUUCUAUAUGGGCAGAACUCUCCAGAACACCAUGAUUAAUCUUGGUCUGCAGAACACUUGUGAUGAGGCCAUCUACCAGCUUGGACUGGACUUGGAAGAACUGGAAGAAAUUGAGGAAGAUGCUGGACUGGGGAAUGGAGGUCUUGGGCGUCUAGCAGCUUGUUUCCUGGACUCCCUGGCAUCUCUGGGUCUGGCAGCAUAUGGUUAUGGCAUUCGUUAUGAGUUUGGAAUCUUCAAUCAGAAGAUCACCAAUGGCUGGCAGGUAGAGGAGGCUGAUGAUUGGCUUCGCUAUGGUAACCCCUGGGAGAAGGCCAGACCAGAGUACAUGCUGCCUGUGCAUUUCUAUGGUCGAGUGGAGCACACACAUGAGGGAUCAAAGUGGGUUGGCACCCAGGUGGUGCUUGCAAUGCCUUAUGACACUCCUGUGCCUGGUUAUAAAAACAACACUGUGAAUACAAUGAGACUGUGGUCUGCCAAAGCUCCUAAUGAUUUCAACCUGCAAGAAUUUAAUGUGGGGGACUACAUCCAGGCUGUUUUGGACCGGAACCUGGCAGAAAACAUCUCACGAGUACUGUACCCCAAUGACAAUUUUUUUGAAGGGAAAGAGCUCAGAUUAAAGCAGGAGUACUUUGUGGUGGCUGCUACUCUGCAGGACAUUAUCAGGCGUUUCAAAUCUUCAAAGUUUGGCUGCAGGGAUCCUGUACGCACCUCUUUUGAGACUUUCCCUGAGAAGGUGGCGAUCCAAUUAAAUGACACUCAUCCAGCACUGGCAAUUCCUGAGCUAAUGAGAAUCUUGGUGGAUAUUGAGCGCCUGGACUGGGAAAAGGCAUGGGAGAUCACCACAAAGACGUGUGCGUACACAAACCACACAGUGUUACCGGAGGCUCUUGAGCGCUGGCCUGUUUACAUGUUUGAGAAGCUUCUACCACGACACCUGGAGAUCAUCUAUGAGAUCAACCAGCGACACCUGGAUAGAAUUGCUGCUCUGUAUCCAGGGGACGUUGAUCGCUUGUGCAGGAUGUCUCUGAUUGAGGAGGGCGAUCCAAAGAGAAUCAACAUGGCUCACCUCUGUGUGGUGGGGUCCCACGCCGUCAACGGAGUCGCACGGAUUCACUCCGACAUUGUCAAAAGCACCGUGUUUAAGGACUUUUGUGAUGUUGAGCCAGAAAAAUUCCAGAACAAGACGAACGGCAUCACACCUCGUCGCUGGCUGCUCCUCUGUAACCCGGGCCUGGCUGACAUCAUCGCUGAGAAAAUUGGUGAGGACUUCUUAACAGAUCUGUUUCAAUUGAGGAAGCUGGCAGACUUCAUCAAAGAUGAAACGUUUAUUCGGGAUGUGGCCAAAGUUAAACAGGAGAAUAAGCUGAAGUUUGCAGCAUAUCUGGAGAAUGAGUACAAAGUGAAGAUCAACCCUGAGUCCAUUUUUGACGUUCAUGUCAAGAGAAUCCAUGAGUACAAGAGACAACUGCUCAACUGCCUUCAUGUCAUCACUUUAUACAACAGGAUAAAGAAGGACCCAAACAAGAAGGUUGUUCCCAGAACAGUAAUGAUUGGUGGAAAGGCAGCACCAGGCUAUCACAUGGCAAAGAUGAUCAUCAAACUGAUCACCUCUGUGGGAGAAGUGGUGAAUAAUGAUCCUGUGGUGGGUGACAGACUCAAGGUCAUUUUCCUGGAAAACUACAGAGUCUCACUAGCUGAGAAGGUGAUCCCUGCUGCUGACCUGUCUGAGCAGAUCUCCACGGCGGGUACGGAAGCUUCCGGUACAGGAAACAUGAAAUUCAUGCUGAACGGCGCUCUGACCAUCGGUACCAUGGAUGGAGCCAACGUGGAGAUGGCAGAGGAAGCUGGAGAGGAAAACCUUUUCAUCUUUGGCAUGAGGGUGGCGGAUGUGGAGGCCAUGGACAAAAAGGGAUACAAUGCUAGAGAGUACUAUGAUCGUCUGCCUGAGCUCAAACAGGUGAUGGAUCAAAUCAGCGGUGGAUUCUUCAGCCCCAAAGAGCCUGAACUCUUCAAAGUCGUCGUCAAUAUGCUCAUGAAACAUGAUAGGUUCAAGGUGUUUGCAGACUAUGAGUCCUACAUCAGCUGUCAAGAAAAAGUUAAUCAACUCUACAGGAACCCAAAAGAAUGGACCAAAAAGGUCAUCAAGAACAUUGCCGCUUCUGGUAAGUUCUCCAGUGACCGCACCAUUGCAGAGUACGCUCGUGAGAUCUGGGGGGUGGAGCCGUCUGAUGUGAAGAUCCCACCACCUAAUGAACCACGUGAAUGAGAAAGUGGGCGACUCCAUGGUUAGCUGGUGUCCACUGAGUGUGCUUGCCUAAUUCUGAACUUCCCAGUUUUGUCAGAGUGCCUUGACUCUGGCCUUACCUGAUUGACAGAUUCAGGUUGCCUUUUACUAUGCAUAAGCCAUGUGGAGCCUCCUUGAAUUGCAUUACUGUAGUGUAACCCUAACACACAUUAAAAAAAACUUACUCUCAA